AUGAAGCUUGACAUCAAGAAAAUAUCCAGCUCACGUUCUGAUCGUGUGAAAGGUGUGGAUUUCCAUCCAACAGAGCCAUGGGUGUUGACCACACUGUAUAGUGGUAAGGCUGAAAUUUGGUCUUAUGACACAAAUACACUUGUUCGUUCUUUUGAUGUGACAAACGUGCCGGUUAGAGCCGGUAGGUUUAUUGCAAGGAAAAAUUGGAUUGUUGUUGGUGCCGAUGACUUUCAGGUUCGUGUUUUCAACUAUAACACCGGUGAAAAAGUCACACAAUUCGAGGCUCAUCCUGAUUACAUUAGAUCGAUUGCUGUCCAUCCAUCCAGACCUUUAAUUCUUACUUGCUCUGAUGACUACACAAUCAAGCUCUGGAACUGGGAAAGUAACUGGAAACUUGAGCAAACGUUUGAGGGACACCAGCAUUAUGUAAUGUGCGUUGCUUUCAAUCCAAAGGAUUCCAACACGUUUGCCUCAGCAUGCCUGGAUAAAACGGUGAAGUUUUGGUCUCUUGGAUCGAAGACACCUAACUUUACACUUACCGCCCAGGAUUCGAAGGGAUUCAACUAUGUUGAUUAUUAUCCACACGGUGACAAACCAUACAUCAUCACUUCAUCUGACGACAGAACUGUCAAGGUGUGGGACUAUCAGACAAAAUCGUGUGUUGCAGUGCUUGAAGACCACUUGUCAAACGUCUCGUUUGCUAUUUUCCACCCAGAACUCCCAUUGAUUAUAUCCGGAUCUGAGGAUGCCACGAUCAAGAUCUGGAACUCCAACACUUACAAACUAGAAAAGACUUUAAAUUAUCGUAUGGAAAGGGCCUGGUGCGUUGCCACCAGACCAAACUCCAGUCUCUUGGCCGUUGGUUUUGAUACAGGUCACAUCGUUAUUCAGUUAGGAAAUGACAAGCCUCUAAUUUCGAUGGAUCCGAUGGGAAAAAUCAUAUCGUGCAAGCAUACAGAUGUAUAUCAUGCGGUGAUCAAGACAUCCGAUAUUAAGGACGUUUCAGACGGCCAAGUGAUUCCACUUUCCCAAAGGGAGAUGGGAAACAUGGAGUUUUAUCCAUCGAACCUUGUGCAUUCUCCAAAUGGCCGUUUUGUUGCCGUUACCGGUGAUGAUGAGUACAUACUAUACACGGCAUUGGCAUGGAGAAACAAGACGUAUGGCCAGGCUCUUGACUUUGUAUGGGGCCAGGACUCGAACUACUACGCAAUUAGAGAAUCGAAGUCCAGCGUGAAGUUGUUCAAGAACUUCAAAGAGAAGACCACUGGAGUUAUCGAUCUCGUUUAUGCGGCAGACAAAAUAUUUGGAGGUGCUCUGCUCGGCAUUAAAUCCGAGGGCUUUGUCUCUUUCUAUGACUGGGAAUCCGGUAAGUUGGUUCGUAGAGUCGAUGUUGCAGCAGAUGAUGUUAUAUGGUCUGAGAAUGGUGAGCUAGUGCUCAUUAUUUCGGAUGGCACUGCCUAUGCAUUGGCAUUCAGCAGGUCUGCGUUUGAGGAAAAACUGGCCGAAAAUGCCAUUGACCCAGAAGAGGGGGUUGAAGAGUCAUUUGAAGUGCUAUACGAUGUUGAUGAUCAGAUUGUGUCUGGACGUUGGGUGGGCGAUGUAUUUCUUUACACCUCCUCAAACAACAGGCUUAACUACCUUGUUGGAGGCUCGAUAACCAACGUUGCACACUUUGACAGGCAGAUGUAUCUUUUAGGGUAUCUUGCACGUGACAAUCGCGUUUACGCCGUUGAUAAGGAGCUUAACCUCGUCUCGUACUAUCUUUCACUUACUGUGCUUGAGUAUCAGACCGUGGUUCUACGCGGUGAGCUUGAAGAGGCAGACUCUCUUUUAGAGAAUAUAGAUGAAAAAGAUUUAAAUAAAGUGGCGCUCUUCUUAGAGCAGCAGGGCUACAAGGAUAAGGCACUUGAGGUUUCGAAUGAUCCAGACGAAAGAUUCGAGUUAGCAUUGACCACAUUGAAGCUCAAUUUGGCAGCAGAGAUUGCAGAGGAGUCUUCAACAGCACACAAAUGGAAGAAGUUGGGUGAUACUGCGCUUUCGAACUGGAAUGUCACAUUGGCUGAGAAGGCAUUCAAAAAUUGUGCUGACUACCAAUCGUUGCUUUUGAUCUACACGUCAACAAACGACGGGGAGGGUUUGAAGCAAUUGGCAAAAGAUGCCGUGGAUGCAGGAAAAUACAACGUGGCAUUUUCAGCUGCUUGGGCUGCAAAAGAUUUGAAUUCAUGCACGAAGAUUCUUCAGAAAUCCGGAAAGUUCCCGGAGGCAACUUUGUUGAGCAUGGUGUACACAAAGGAUGCAGGAAAAGUCAGCGAUAACGUCAAGCUAUGGAAGAAGAGCUUAGUUGAAGGUGGGGAGCAGAAGUUAUCUGAGAGGAUAUGUGACCCGGUGGAGGAUGAGGAUAUGUUCCCUGAUCUUGAUGACAGUGGGGAAAUUUCCAAGCAGACAGAGAUAGAGGUGGAAGAGGAGGCUGCUGAUGAUGAUGAGAAGGAAGAAGAGGUGGAAAAAGACAAUAAUGAACAGCACGGGGAAGAUGAUCACAAACCAAAGAAUGGACCGAGCAGCAAGGGAGAUGACAAGGAAGCAGGUAAGACUGACUGA